CAGUCCAAUUUACAAUAGAUCGAUUCUGUGCUGCCAUGAUAAUACAAAGCGUUAUUUGUCGCGUAUUAAUACACGGUUGUAAAUUAUGAUAACAAUGAUCGCGAAGUGCAAAACAUUUGACCAACCAUCAUCCGUUCGCUGCUGGAUUUUGCUCUUCAGCAUAUAUCCUUGAUCCGGGCACCAAGAGCAAAAGAUCGUUGAAUAAAAUCAAAGAUGAAUUCGUCAUCGACGCUGAUCAUCCUUAUGAUGCUCACAGUAACGGUGCUUGUCAUCAACGUAGAAUGUGUGUUCCUCCCGAAAAGGUUGAAUGGGUAUAAUGGAAAGGAUCUCGUGAUAGACCCAAAGAAACGACCUUUCUGCAAUGCUUUUACAGGUUGUGGUAGAAAGCGAUCAAACCUGCCAGCACUACCCCUCCAAGGCGAACCCUUACAUAACGACGAAACAAUCGGCAGCCUGCUGGAACUGAGCGCUGAGCCUGCAGUCGAGGACCUCUCGCGGCAAAUCAUGUCCGAAGCGAAACUGUGGGAGGCGAUACAGGAAGCAAACAUGGAACUCCUACGCCGUAAACAGGAAUCGCUAGAGGGCGCCGACGAGGAUCUAGCGACGCCUGCUCGCAGCGCGACCAACACCUGCGCCCUUCCUCCCUGCUACAUCUAGAAUUCUACCCAAACAAAUAGCACAAUAUCCAGUUUAUUCCCCGUAUCAUAUCGAAUUAUCGAGACUCACAUUCCACUUCUGAUUCUCAUCAAAGUUAUAUUUAUAUUAUUGCUUUUUCUUUCGUGAUUUUUGAGUAUUUCAAUUCGAAACAUUAAUCCUACAUUUUAAGACAAAUCAUAAUCGUGUUGUAAUGUGUAUACUUAUCAAUUUAACCAAAACUUCAACUUAAAUACGUACUAUAUCUCUGUAAUUAGUUUUACGAUGUGUUAAGUAUGAUUCAUAAUUGGGCAUUUGACAAAAUAAAUACUAAUAAUCCUCUGCUACAAGCCAAA